UUUUUAAAUAUUUAUUUUUCAGAGAAUUCCGACGAACUACGUUCUUGUGGGUUGUAUGACGGAAUUAACAUGCUUCGCAUUGUUUAAUGUAGUACGGAAAACGGUUUUACAUUCUCACACGUUACUAGUUUAACACAUUUCAACUUUUUCGAGUUUUAUUCGUUAUAUACGACUCCACGUUAAUUUCUUUAACAUCAUAUUUAAUCCCACUUCUCUAUGUCGAAGAGUAUUCAGUAUAUCACCUAUAAGCAUGUAGUGAUAUAAAAUAUUUUUUGGAAAACUUCACUGCUUAUCAUUUAACAAUCAUGUACGUUGUGUAGCCUACGCGGGCUCUGUAAUGGGGUUAUAGAGCCUUCGCCCGUCAUUGGUCACAAGCUUUUUGGUUUUAAUACUCGGACGGCUUUUUUCUGUCUUUAUAAUAAUUAUAAAAACAGAAACAAGUCGUUCAUUGUCACAUGUCAAUACACUGAAAUGGCUCAUACAAUUUUAUGAUAUUGUUGUCAAAUUGGUUUAUCCGCAUUCAAAUUUUGUGCAUUAACAUGUGUUCUUAUCUUAUCUUCAUUAACAAGCGAUAAGUGAUAAAGAAAAAAAAUUUGAUAUUUCUCAUAGCACCCGGUCUAAACUUAAUGAAGAAUUCAUCCCAAUAAAGUUAUGAGAAUUAUUAUUGCUAUCUGUUUUGAUUUUCGUCAAACUCCGGUGGAUUCUUUUAGAUAAUAUUACUUCACAAAUUCAAUCAAACAAUGUUUUUUAGACGUUUAAAACUAUCCCAUACUCGGUGUUUUUUACCAGCAUUCAUCUUCAAUAAAAACGAAUUUGACGAAGAUGGAACCGAAGUGUUAGACCGUAAAAAGGUUGGCGGUUGGCAAGGAGUUGUGAAUACGUUUUCACCUGAUGAGGAUGGUAAUCCUACUGCAGACGUGAGAGCCAUAAUCGCAACAAUAAGUUAUAGUGCCUUAUUAGGCGGUGCUUAUGGAAGUCUGUCAUAUAGUAAAAGAGCUUAUCUAGAUUUCUUUCAAAAAAACCAAUCAACAUUGUUCAAAAAUCAGUUUGAAGCUAAAGCUAAACUUCAGUCUCAAGUAACACUAGCAUUAUGUAAAGGUGGAUUUAAAUGGGCAACCAGAAUUGUUUUUUUCUGUGGACCAUUUACAACUAUAGUAACUGCUCUUAAUGCUUAUUUGAAUGAAGUUUCAGUAAUAAGUUACGCAACAGCUGGUUUCUUUGUUGGUGGAUUUGCUAGAAUGUCUUUUGGUUUGAAAGGAUUUGUUGUUGGAUCUACUUUGGGAUCAAUUUUAGGUAUCUUUGUUGGAUUUUGUACAUUAUUAAUUUUAAAGUUUUCUCCUGUAACUAUGGAUGAGAUAAAACAAUGGCAAAGUGAUUCUUUAACAGAUAGAGAAAAAUAUUUUAUUAAGGAGCAAAAAAAAUCAACAGUAUUCCAAUAUGAUGAACCUGCUGAGCUAAUAGAACAUGAAAAAAGAUUACAACAAUCAAAAACUGUUUUGAAUAGUAAAGUUGAUAAUGCAUAACUCAAUCAAG